AUGCCCACUCACAACAUCGGCGACCACCAAUCCCAAGCCGACCCGAACGGCGAAACAACAACCCCCACCACUACCCUCCGACCAAACGCCGCAGCCUUCGUUCCCUCCCAGUCCCAGUCCCAGUCUCAGUCCCAGUCCCAGUCCCAGUCCCAGUCCCACAAAGCCACAAACCCCUCCCUCGUCCCCCAACAAGCAAAAGUCCCCACCACCCCGACCGAGAAGCAGAAUACCCAGCGCCUGAUCGUGGUGUUGAUGCAAGCGAGUCUGGAGACGUAUAAAGUUGGAAAGACAAAGGAUGCAAAGUAUCAGUUGUUGAAUUGCGAUGAUCAUCAGGGGAUUUUGAAGAAGAUGGGGGUUGAGGCUAGACCGGAUAUCACCCACCAGUGUCUACUCACCCUUCUCGACUCUCCCCUUAACAAGGCCGGUCGCCUCCAAGUCUACAUCCAAACCCAGAAAAACGUCCUCAUCGAAGUCAACCCCCACGUCCGUAUCCCCCGCACAUUCAAACGCUUCUCCGGACUCAUGGUCCAACUCCUCCACAAGCUCUCUAUCCGCUCCGUCAACGGCUCCGAAAAACUCCUCAAAGUCAUCAAAAACCCAAUCACGGACCACCUUCCCGCCAACUGCCACAAAAUUACGCUCUCGUUCGAUGCGCCGGCUGUCAAGUUGAGCGAGUAUGUUCCGAAGGCGUGUGUGGAUGAGAAGGGAGAGCCGAGGAGUUUGUGUAUUGCGCUUGGGGCUAUGGCGCAUGGGGAGGAUAAUUUUGCGGAUGGGUGGGUUGAUGAGAAGAUUGCGGUUAGUGAGUAUGCGUUGAGUGCGUCUGUCGCUUGUGGAAAGUUCUGUUGUGCUGCUGAGGAGACUUGGGGUAUUCUUUAA